GAUGAAAUAUCCUACUAUUUGUGAGAUGGCUAGGGAUAUUCUUGCUGUUCCUAUUUCCACUGUUGCUUCUGAGUCGGCAUUCAGCACAGGAGGUCGAGUUUUAGAUUCGUUUAGGACCUCCUUAUCCCCUGAAGUUGUGGAGGCGUUGAUUUGUUGUGAAGAUUGGAUAAGAUCUUCAGACUCCGAGUUGGUGGUUGAUGGAGAAGAUGAGGGUGAUGAAGUGGUAUUUCAAAAUGUAUAUGUAGCUUUUCAAGCUCGGAGUGCAAGUGCACCUGCAGGACCUAGUGGAAGCUCUCGUGCAGGACCCAGUGGAAGCUCUCCUGCUACCCAUGUUUUGGUCUCGAGUCCUACUAUGUCACAAAUGGAAGAAGACUAUGUCGACAACAAUUCCGAUGAGAAUGAUGAGACUUAUGUAGAUGUAGAGCCUGAUGAGGAGUGAUAAUGGUAGUAGUAUUUAUCUUGUAUGGUGGAUGAAUUUUUAUUUUACUUGGAUGUUAUCAUUUGAGAAUUGUAAAACUAAUGUGUUUAAUUACGAGUUGAAGAUAAUCUCAUCUAUGAUUGUCGUAUUUUAUGUUAAACAAAAUUAUUUAUAAUUUUGCGCCAAACACCAAACAUUUUUUUGCAUAUGAUAGU